UCAUUCCCUGAUGAGAAGCGUAGAGCAGCAACCUUGGUGCCGGUGUGUAGAACCUUGGUGCUGGUGUGUAGAACCUUGGUGACGGUGUGUAGAACCUUGGUGCUAGUAUAUAGAACCUUGGUGGUGGUGUGUAGAACCCUGGGGACCCUAUGUCACAUACAAGCAUGGAUCCAACUAAGAUGGGCGUCGGCCGGUCUAUAGCCGUGCUGACCUCAGGGGGUGAUGCCCAAGGAAUGAACGCGGCUGUGAGGGCCACAGUCAGAGUUGGCCUCUACACUGGAGCCAAGGUCUACUUCGUUCAUGAGGGCUACCAGGGCCUGGUGGACGGAGGAGACAACAUCCGACCGGCAACCUGGGAGAGUGUGUCCAUGAUGCUGCAGCUGGGCGGCACGGUCAUCGGCAGUGCCCGUUGCAUGGACUUCAGAGGCAGGGAGGGCCGCACAAAGGCUGCCCUGAACCUGGUCAAACUGGGCAUCACCAACCUGUGUGUGAUUGGCGGUGACGGCAGUCUGACCGGAGCUAACCAGUUCAGGACGGAGUGGUCCACUUUGCUUAUCGACCUGCUUAAAGCCGGCAAGAUCACUAAGGAGGAGGCCAAGAGGUCGUCCCACCUGAACAUCGUAGGAAUGGUGGGGUCUAUCGACAACGACUUCUGUGGCACGGACAUGACCAUCGGGACCGACUCCGCGCUGCAUCGCAUCAUAGAGGUGGUGGACGCCAUCACCACUACAGCACAGAGCCACCAGCGGACCUUCAUUCUGGAGGUGAUGGGUCGGCACUGCGGUUACCUGGCCCUGGUGACCGCUCUAUCCUGCGGUGCUGACUGGGUGUUCGUCCCAGAGAUGCCCCCGGAAGAGGGAUGGGAGGAGCAUCUGUGCAGAAGACUGGCCAAUCAAAGAGCCAGAGGGUGUCGUCUGAAUGUGAUCAUUGUGGCUGAAGGAGCUAUGAGCAGAGAUGGAAAUGCCAUCAGCUCUGAAGACAUCAAGAAGCUCGUGGAGAAGUCAUUAGGCUUUGACACCCGUACCACUGUCCUGGGUCACGUGCAGAGGGGAGGCACACCUUCAGCCUUCGACAGAAUCCUGGGCAGCAGGAUGGGUGUGGAGGCUGUGAUGGCCCUGCUUGAAGCCACUCCAGAGACCCCGGCGUGUGUGGUCAGUCUGUCUGGGAACCAGGCUGUCAGGCUGCCCUUGAUGGAGUGUGUCCAGGUGACAAAGGAUGUGACUACUGCCAUGGCUGAGAGGAGAUGGGAGGAUGCAAUCAAGCUGAGAGGAAAGAGCUUUGAAAACAACUGGAAUACAUACAAGAUGCUAGCACACAUCAACCCUCCUGAUACCAAGAGCAACAUUAACGUGGCCAUACUCAACGUCGGUGCCCCCUGUGCCGGUAUGAACGCAGCGGUUCGUUCUGCGGUGCGGAUUGGCAUCAUUCAGGGACACAACAUGCUGGCCGUUCAUGAUGGGUUCGAGGGGCUCGCUCAUGGGAACAUUGAGCCAAUUACCUGGACUGGAGUGUCUGGCUGGACUGGGAAGGGCGGCUCUGAGCUGGGUACCAAGAGAGUCCUACCUUCUAAGUACAUUGAGGAAAUUAGCUUGACGAUUGCGAAGUUCAAUAUCCACUCCCUGGUGAUCAUUGGAGGGUUUGAGGCGUAUGUGGGCGGGCUGGAGCUGGUGACGGCCAGGGAGAAGUAUGAGGAGCUCUGCAUCCCCAUGGUGGUCAUCCCUGCCACCGUCUCCAACAAUGUCCCCGGCUCCGACUUCAGCAUCGGUGCUGACACCGCCCUCAACACCAUCACCUCGACCUGUGACCGGAUCAAGCAGUCCGCGGCCGGCACCAAGCGUCGUGUAUUCAUCAUUGAGACCAUGGGGGGCUACUGUGGCUACCUGGCUACCAUGGCCGGUCUGGCUGCGGGGGCGGAUGCUGCUUACAUCUACGAGGACAAGUUCUCCAUCAGAGACCUGGAGACAAAUGUGGAACAUCUUGUGCAGAAGAUGAAGACCGAUGUAAAGAGAGGUUUGAUUCUCAGGAACGAGAACUGCAAUGCCAACUACACCACAGACUUCAUCUUUGCCCUCUACUCUGAGGAGGGCAAGGGUGUCUUCGACUGCCGUAAGAACAUCCUGGGACACAUGCAGCAGGGGGGUACACCAACACCUUUUGACAGGAACUUUGGCACCAAGAUGGGAUCCAAGGCUGUUCUGUGGAUCACAGAGAAACUCAAGGAGGUCUACAGACAUGGUCGUAUCUUCGCUAACACCCCUGACUCGGCCUGUUUGUUAGGGAUGAGGAAGAGAGCUCUGACCUUCCAGCCUCUGGCUGAUUUGAAGGACCAGACUGACUUUGAGCAUCGCAUCCCCAAGACAUCCUGGUGGCUGAAGCUGAGACCCAUCAUGAAGAUCCUGGCCAAGUACAACAUCCCCCUGGACACAUCUGAGCAUGCCCACAUGGAGCACGUGAUCAAGAAGAAGUUGUCUGUGCCCGAGCCACUUAUGAAGUAGGCUUCUCCUUCUUCAUAAGGAGAAAGAACCGGACGAAUUGCGGAAAGAGGAGGUGGCAGGAGAGGAACUGUAGUGUUUUUUUCUGUUGCGCGUACAGUAUGGCUUAAUGUUUCUGGUUUAACGAUUGGUAUUUUAAGUCAUCUGCCGCAGGUAUCUUAGUGGUGAAGUCACCCGACCAGUGACCAAAAGGUUACUAUAUUGAAUCCCAGUGCUGGCAAGUCUGUCCCGGAGCAAAGCAUUUCAUUGUAGUAAUUCCCAGGUGGUCAUUGUGGCAGCUUCCCCCUACCCUCCAACUUGGAGUGGCUGAGUUGAUGCCAAAUCUCGGUUGGACCUUUCUCGAUUGUUCAGAUGUCUUCUUUCUGAUCUGCUUCCUGCUCUGAAAACCAGUUUUGCUCUUUUUAUCCAGGUGCUUCAAGAAAUAAAAGUAUUUUACUAUUUUG